AUUAAAACGACGGCCAUGGCUCAGUCCAUCCCUGCCACUGAACAAUCCAUCCAUCUACCGCAUCCGAAACGUUUCUUUUCGCAAGCCGGAACGAAAAGGGAGCCAAUGAAACGUCCGAGCCCGCGAAACGCAAUGGUUGCCGCGACGGAAGUGCAGGUCGAGUCGUUCACUUUCCCGGCGGCGGUCAAGCCCCAGGGAUCCGCCAAGACCCUGUUUCUCGGCGGCGCAGGGGCGAGAGGGCUGGAAAUUGAGGGGAAGUUCAUCAAGUUCACGGCGAUCGGCGUGUACCUUGAGGAGGCUGCCCUGCCGUGCCUCGCCACCAAGUGGAAGGGCAAGACCGCCGAGGAGCUGACGGAUUCCGUCGAGUUCUUCAGAGAUAUCGUCACUGGGCCAUAUGACAAAUUCAUGCAGGUAACGAUGAUACUACCAUUGACGGGUGCUCAAUACUCGGAGAAGGUGACGGAGAACUGCGUGGCUUUCUGGAAAUCCGUGGGCACUUACACGGAUGCGGAAGCCAGGGCUGUCGAGAAGUUCAUCGAAGUUUUCAAGGAGGAAACUUUCCCACCUGGUUCCUCAAUCCUUUUCACUCAAUCGCCCAGCGGAUCCUUAACGAUUGCUUUCUCCAAGGAUGGGAAGAUCCCAGAAGACGGAAGGGCCGUGAUAGAGAACAAGCAACUCUCAGAGGCAGUGCUGGAGUCGAUCAUUGGGAAGCACGGGGUUUCUCCUGAAGCCAAGCAGUGCUUGGCCACGAGAAUCUCGGAGCUUCUUAAGGGCGUCUCUGAGAAGAAGAACGAGUGAUCGAUAAAGCCCCAGUUCGGCAGGGGAGAAAGGGAGCUGUGAACAGGAAAUGCCAGUUUGGGCAAACUAAAGUAGUCUAUAUUUAUGUGAUUUAGUUGCGCGGCUCUCUCAUGAUCUACGAGUGAAUGAAGGUGAUCUGGGGUCGGAAUCGUGACAGUGUGUGGUUUAUGCUUUUGUACCUAAUAGAGCUGUUUUACCGUUGAGAUGCAAUAAGCUCUUGUAUCCAGAGGUUCAACGACUAAUAUGUCAACUAUGAGCCUCUAAUUUGAGUGUCAUUUGAUCAAUGAAGAUGAAAUGAAGUUCAACUCUGGGCUCUGUGUCUGUGCUUGGAGAGAUUAUUCAA